AUGCCGCCAGGUGAUGUGGCUGCGCCCUACAUGGGCCACCUGGGCGUGGGACCGUCCCUGGCGACGUUGAACAACAUCGCGGGGCCUAUCACCGGCUUCUUCACCGGGCCGAUCAUCGGAGCCAUGUCCGACCGGCUGACCUCCAAGUGGGGUCGCCGGCGUCCGAUCAUCCUUGGAGGACUGAUCUCAACCUGGAUCGCGGCCAUGCUGUUUACUUCCAGUGAGCAUCUCUUCUCCUCAACGACAGCCAAGAUCGGCUUCGCAGUUCCCAUGUACUGGGUCAUGGACGUGACCAUGAACGUUCUUCAGACCCCUCACCGUGCUCUUGUCUCCGACCUGGCCACAGAGGAGCAGCAAGUGCCGAUGCAGGUGGUGUUCGUCGUGAUUAUGUCGAUUGGGAACUUUCUCGGCUACUCCAUCAUGCAGAUCUACGACGUCCCCGUGGAGCACAUGUUCACGCUCGUGCUGAUGAUUUGCGGCUUGAACACGCUGUGCAUUGCCAUCCAGUUCAGUGUGGCCAAGGAGGUGCCUCUGAAGAAGGUGGAGGGCGAGAAGGGAGGCUGCUGUGCUCCAGUCUUGAACAUCCUGUCGUCAAUCCGAGGCAUGCCCUCUUUGCUCUACCACUUGGCCUUUGUUCAGUGCCUCGUGUGGAUCGGAAACACAGCCUGGCAGUACUACUCCGAGCAGUGGUUCGCGAUCUCUGUCUACCAAGGGGAUCAGCACGCACCUGCUGGAUCCGAAGCGAAGCUGAACUACGGACGAGGCGUCCAGGCCUUCUCCGAGGGAGGGCAGAUGCGCUCCGGCUUUCAGCUGCUGGCCGCGUUGGGGAUCAUCGCGCUGCUGCUCGGUACACGACUGCGCCCGCGCUUGAUGUACGCUCCGUGCAUUUAUGUCGGCGCGGUGGUUAGCUUCCUCGCUGGCUACGUCGUGGGCCACAAUGCCAUCCUGGUUUUCGUGACUUCGAUCAUGCCAGAGACCGGCUCCUUUGCGAUCCCCUUCGGGCUGGUGGCGACGCUGAACAAGCGUGCAGAGCAGGAGGGACUGAGCCAGUCGCCCUCUCCGGAGGUGCUGCUGCCUACCGCAAAGAAGGGUAAGAACAUGAAGGUAGUUGAGCUGGAGCCUCUGGAUGGAAGGUACAUCGGCUUCCUCAAGCCCGGGGCUGACGAAAGGAAAACCAUGAAAUGGUUCUUGGACGAGUACAUCGCUGUCGGCAACAGCUUGUGGGAAGCCGGCACUGAGAGCGAGCUCGUCAAGAAACUCAAGAAGGAGGCGAACGCCCAGGGAGCCAGGCCCAGCUUUCAGGGCUGGGCAAGCCCAGCAGACAGGUGGCUCAUAGACAAAGGUACGAUAGACAUGGCACUGAUCUCCGACGGUGCCCUUCAGCGGUUGCCGGCUUCCUUCCGUGAGGCAGCGAUGGGUGAGCUCCGUAGAGUUCUGAAGCCAGGAGGUCGUCUCUUUGCCGUGGCAUCUGACGAAGAUGAAGAGGCAUAUGCAGGCGACUGGGAGCAAGGGAUGAAGGGCUCCAUCUUCGACAAGGCUGGCUUCGAGCUGCAGGCCGCGAAGCAAGGCGAGUGCGGCCUCACCAUCGGUUAUUUCAGGAAAAAAGGCGUCCGAAGAAAGAAGCCGAAGUUGGCGAAGGCCUCCACCAAGUCCUUCGAUGUGGACCCUAACGAGCUGAGCGCCCUGCUGGGCGGUGAAGACUAG